CGAUAACUCCCAGGUGUUCCAGGGCAGCGUCCUGCGCACCCGCAGGAACAGCACCACCGUCAUGAAUCGGCACAGCCUGUUUGUGCCUUCGUCUCCUAUCCGUAUUCCUAGCAGCCGUCUUCAUCAAAUCAAACAAGAAGAAGGAAUGAAUUUGCUGAACAGGGAAACCGUUCGUGAAAGAGAAGUGCAAGUAGCAAUGCAGAUGAGCCACUCAUGGGAGGAGAGCUUGAGCCUGAGUGACAAUGAUUUUGAGAAAUCUCUAUCACCAAAGCAAGUAGACUUUGUUCCAGUUUCUCCAGCUCCUUCACCUACACGAGGAAUAGGGAAGCAAUGUUUCUCACCAUCUUUGCAAAGUCUGGUGAGCAGCAGUGGAUUGCCUCCAAGUCCCAGUCCAAGUCCAACAAGGAGAUUUUCAAGCAGGAGAAGCCAGAGUCCAAUUAACUGCAUUCGACCAAGUGUUCUUGGAUCUAUCAAAAGAAAAGGUGUGACAGAGAUGGAAGAUCACCCAAAAAGAUUAUUCCAAGGAUCCAGCAACAUGCUGACCCCUGAGGCUGCACAUCAGGCGGACCUUGGGGCAUGUCUGUCCUCACACGCCCUGGAUGACAACAGGAGCAGUGCAGGCUCCUCCUGUGACUCCCCAGCUGAAGUUGGCACCAGCACAGCCUCUCCAGUGUCGCUCUCCGACUCCAGAUCUCCGUUUUUGCCCGUGGAUCUCAUGGCCAAGUUACCGAUGAACUGAAGCAGGAAUCGCUGGUGGACACCGGGAAACAGGCGAGAUAUCGCCCAGACUCUGUUUGUGUAACCCAUUCUGUUCCUCAUAGGAACUUCCAGCAAUGUCAUUACUUCUAGGAAACUUCCAGAACAGUUCCUUGAGGAGGAAUUCACCUUUCUAGUGAUUUGUAUGACAUUUACUACAAUACAGAAGCAUUUGGGCUGCAGACACGUUGGGUGCUCACAUCAGCCAGCAGGCUGCUGGUUCGCAGUGGAUGUGAUCUCCUUGGCAUGAGUUACAAACACUGUACAUGUGUCCUGCUUGUGGGAGACUUGCCUUGCCAGCAGCCUGUGUCCUCCCUGCCUGUGGAGGAGCAGAUAACUCACAUUUGUCCUCAGCCUAAAACCAAUGAAGCAGCUUACUAAUUGUUUCUAUUCCCAGAGUGUUAGAUAUUUAUAUUUUUUUCUUCUUCAUAUGAAAGGGAUAAUAUUGCAGGGGGGAAAUUGAUUACUAUUAACAUUAUUGUGUUCUAUUAUGAUUGGCUCUUAAUCAAUUCUGUGUUCCAGUGGAUGUCAGAAUAGAACAAAUUGGUGAAUUGUCAAAUUUAUAUGUUGGAUUCUAUUCAUGAUCAUGACUGCUGUUGUGACUAAAUCUAAAUUAGGUGUGGAACAUUCUUCUGGAGUUUUGUAUCUGGCGUUUGUUUCUUUUUCUUCCCCAUUUAGAUGAUGUAUAGAAGUGGUAGAUGCUCUGUUAAAGGUCUUUUAAUAGGGAAGAAUAGUGACAAUAUUUGGAACAAUACAUUAAAUCCUGGUAUUUUAGUAUUUAGUACUUCAGAAAUGCAUUAUUUUAAGUCAGUAUUUGUCCUCAUAUAUGACAAAUACGGUGAGGAAUCUUGAAUGCCUUUUUACAGCCUGAGGCCAUUAAACAUAUUUAAUCUGUGUUUUAUUUCCUGAUGUUGCUUCCUCAAACAAUGACAUCAAGUCAUUUCUGCUGUUGAAAACUUCAGAUGCUGAUUGGCAGCCUGGAAUCUGGUAAUCUGAGAUGCUUGAAGUCAGUGUGUUGCGGCAUCCUGAUCUCAACUCAGAAAUUCCCCAGCCAGGAGGAAGAAUUUGCAGCCCCCCAUGGACAGCUGUCUGGGAUUGUGCAGUGACACCCUCCUUGGGGUUGUGCAGCUGAACUCCCCCAGCUGAGUCCCUCUUUGUACAUGUCUGUGUAUCUGUGCUGUGUGGUUUCAAACCUUCUCUCCAGAGAGGUUAAGAAUGGAGCAAAAUGUUUUAUUUUUAAACGCUAAAUCUUUGUAGUGUGUCAUAAAGUGAGGGAAGUAUGGAGACUUCCUCAAGUAGGAGGAAAACCUGUCCUGAACUCUGCUGUGAAAGAUUCACAUGGAUGAAGUUUUGACUGACAGCAGCCAUGGAAACGAGAAAGGGAUGACUUGGAGUGCAAAGACCUGGUGACCUGAGGGCCAGUGACCCAUUUCUGUGUGUCCUUAUUGUAGAGAGAAAAUAGAAUGUAUUUAAUAGUCUGACUCUGUUCUAGUUGAUACGACAUGGUUUACUUCUGGUAUCAUUCCUCUUAAAUUAUUGUAAUAAUCACCCUGCUGGUUGCAGU